UUGUUCGAGGCAGCGGUCGCCGCCGCGGACCCGGCCAAGGUCGUGCCGCCGCAUCUGCCCUUGCCGCCGCGGGGCCGCACCCUGGUGCUGGCGGCGGGCAAGGCGGCCGCUUCCAUGGCCCGCGCCGUCGAGCAGUGCUGGCCCAACGACAUCGAAGGCAUCGCGGUGACCCGAUACGGUCACGGGGUCGAUUGCCGGCGUAUCGAGGUGGUAGAGGCCGGCCAUCCGUUGCCCGAUGCGGCGGGGCAGGGCGCGGCGUCGCGCUUUCUCUCGGCUGCCGCUCGGCUGGGUUGCGAUGACUUGCUGCUGUUUCUCCUGUCCGGAGGCGCGUCCGCGCUCCUGGUGGAACCGCAGCCGGGCCUCAACCUGGAUGACAAACGAGCCAUCAACCGGGCGUUGCUGGAAGCCGGCGCACCCAUCGGCGAGAUGAACUGCCUGCGCAAGCACCUUUCCGCCGUCAAGGGGGGACGCCUCGCCGCCGCGGCCGCGCCGGCCCGUGUCGUCACCCUUGCCAUCUCGGACGUACCCGGAGAUGACCCCGCGAUCAUUGGUUCCGGCCCGACAGCAGCCGAUCUCACCUCCUGCGCUGACGCGCUCGCGGUCGCCGACCGCUAUGACAUCGCGCUCCCGGAGGUUGCUCGGACGGCCCUGGAGCAGGGCACGUGGGAAACCCCCCGUCCCGCGGACGUACUUGCGGCUGCCGCGGCCAUGGCACGUACCAUGGAUUUCGAAGUGGUGAAUCUCGGCGCUGAUAUUCAGGGAGAGGCGCGCGACAUCGGUGCAGCCCAGGCGGAGUUGGCACGGCAGCAUGCCCCUAGUGUGGUGAUUUCAGGCGGCGAAACGACGGUCACGAUCAGUGCUCCCGGUGGUGUUGGCGGCCCCAACCUCGAAUAUCUUCUGGCGCUGGUCCUGGCCCUAGAAGGCGCCCCAAACGUUCACGCCAUCGCUUGCGACACCGACGGCCUCGACGGUUCCGCGGCCGCCGCCGGCGCCUACAUCGGUCCCGACACCCUAGCCCGUGCCCGCGCUUCUGGGAUGGACCCACGGGACAUGCUCACCCGACACGACAGCUACAAGUUCUUCCAGCAACUCGGUGAUCUGGUGGUGACCGGCCCCACGCGUACCAACGUCAAUGACCUCCGUGCGGUCCUGAUCACUUGA